CGACACUCAGUAGCGUUUGGUACGCAGUAAUUGGCGGUUGGUUAAAUUUUCAGGUCUACUUUCUUUUAAUUGAACAGAGUUUUAUUUUCUACAAAAAAAGUUUUAAUAAAAAAGUCAUACGCCUUUUAUAAAGAAAGCAGACACAAUAUUUAAACAAAAUGUGCAAGUGUUUAGCCGGAAAUGUUGCCUGCUGUUGCCUCAAUUGUGCAGUCGGAGUUCUAAUGUCUAUUAUUAGUGCGUUCCUGGUUAUUAUUAUAAUUGUUGGCAUUGUGCUAUACUUUGUUUAUUAUCAUGACGGUGACCACAGUGAUGAUGUUCAAAAUUCUGUGGAUAAAUUCAAAAAUGUCUUGUCGGAUAACUUCGACAAAGCUUCAAAAAUUCUAAAUGAUUAAAUGAAAUAACUAUUCCUAAAAAAAGUUCAUUUUAGUUUUGCAAAAUGAUCUUUUAACGAAUCUCCAUCAUAAUUUUUCACCUAUAUAUAUACCUAAAUGUAUUUAUUAUACUGUUUAUAUGUCUAUGUACUGUGUAUU